GGAUCUUAGUUCCCUGACCAGGGAUUGAACCUGGGCCCUCGGCAGUGAGAGCACGGAGUCCUAACCACUGGGCCACCAGGAAAUUCCCUUGACUCCAUUUUAUAGGUAAGGAACUUAAAGCUUCGAGAGGGUAAGUAGUAAUUUCUCCCAAGUCACACAGAUGUUAGGAAGGGGGAAGGCCAGAAUUUGCCCACAGGGUUAUACAAUUUCAAAGGCUAUGCUCUUACCACAUUUCCAAAAGAACUCCAGACAUAGCAAUGAGAGAUUCUUAAGAGAUGGGGCUACUGAAAGGCACCCGUUAAAAAGAAUGAUCUCAUUCACUGGACAGCUUUCCCUGGCCCCUCUUGUCUGUGUGUGUUGGGAAGCAGUCCACUCCUGUUAUUCAGGGAGCAAUUAUUCCAUUCUCAUGGCACAUUCAAAGCAAUUUGCUUCUCUUCCUUUUCAAUCAUUUAUUUUCCUGCUCCUGUGAGCUCUGUCAGGGCAGAGGGAAGAGGCAGAAUGCUAACCCUCCACUUAUGUAAAUUUGGGGAAAUGUCUUAUUGGGGAUGGUUGAAACGACUGGCUAACAUGACAUUUUAUACAAUUUUGUCUGCCUGAAUUAUCUGGAACCCCCAUUAGUUCGUUAAUUGGUCCCAUGGUAGGUUCACCAAGAGGUCACACACAUGACACAGGGACUUUAUCAGAGGUAAGCUCCAUCCUAGAAACUCACAGGGCCAAGAUGGUGGCCAUUCAGUUUAUGGCUGUUCAAUAAAUAAUGAUGGUCACUGGCAACUGACUCACCAAACUUUGGUCUUCAGGGAAGAAUCAUGGACUCCCAGGACUCAAGCCCCUCAAGAGGCUACCUGGACUCACCCAAUCUGACCCCUGAUCCUGGAAGGGAAUUCCCUCUCCAACCUGCAGGACAGAUGCCCUGGUCCUUUGCUGUAAGCCCUUCAGUGAUGUGGCCCUUAACCUCACCAGGCAGCCCCUAGGACUGGGACCAGGGGGCCCUGUUUUUAUUUAUUUAUUUAUUUACAGCAGGGGGCUGUUUGUUUGUUUACGGCCAUGCCUGGCGGCUUUCGGGGAUCUUAGUUUCCCCACCGGCGAUUGUACCUGGGCCAUGGAAGUGAAAGAGCCGAGUCCUAACCAUUGGACCACCAGGGAACUCCCCCAGCGAGCCCUGUUGAAAAUCUCUUUCUACAUUGAGCUGAAAUCAGCCCCCCACUGUGGCUACUACCUAGUUCUGCUCUCUGGAGCUACUCAAAACAUGUCUAAUCCUCUUCUACAUGCUAACUCUUCAAGUAUCUCAGGACAGCUCUCACGUUUCUCUUCUCUGCUCCUCCACUACCCAAGAGUUUAAAUGAAUUACAGUACACUUUAUCUUUUUGAAGCAAGUAAAAAGACAUUACCAAUAUAAUGAAGGACCUGUGCAGCGAUCCCCAGUCUCACACUCCUUCUCCCCACACCCCCUCUUAUAUAUUUCUGCAUACAUACAUACAUACAGGUGUACAUACUGCUUAUAUAUUUCUUUGGACUGUGGGAUCCCAAUGCAGAAAAGACGCUGGUGGGAGCAUUUAUAGCGCAGUGAUUAAUAGAAGAAAGCAGAAGUCACAGACUAAAGUUUUCUUGUGAUGGACAUUUGCAAACUGUGUCUACCAACUGUGUGACUGUGGGCAAUUUAUCCAACCUUUCUCAGUUCUAUUUCCUCGUCUGUAAAAUGGUAAUAAUAGUUAUACUUAUUACGCGGGUUGUUUUGGGAUUAAUCUAGACUGUGCUCCUAAAUCAUUUAUACGCGGCACUUAAAGUAGCUGUUACAAAUGUUUUCUCCCUCACCACCUCACAGACUGGGAAAGGGGCCUAGAAGGGGGUGGGAGUCUUACUAGGGGUCGCAGCUAGUUAACAUCAGAGCGGAAACCUAAACCCAGAUCCCUGAUUACUCCGGUUGGCCGGGACCCCUUCCUGCUCCCCAUCGCGUUCGCGGGUGUCCGCAGACGUCCAUCCUGCCAAUGCAGAUUGGAAACUCACCCCUCAUCCCACAGUGCCCACGACACCGGGAAGUCUCUACCAAGUACCGACGAUAACUGCAGUGAGCUCGGGCCUUGGCUUUUUGCCAUUUAGGAAAGGGGAGGGAUGGGGAUGGACAACGCUGGCUGGCUCCCUAGGAGUAAUUAAGGGUUAAAGGUAGUUUUCGGCCUUGCGAGCUGAGCGUUCCAGCCCCUUGCAUUCCGAUACAGCUCCUUAGCGGCUGGCGCACCUGGGGCGGCGGAGGCGGGGCCACAGCGUGCGGCGCGGCGGCCGGGGGCGGGGCCGGGACGCCCGGUCUUCGAACCGCAGAGCCAAGCGUUGCGUUCCGGUCCCGGGGCGUGGCCUCGCGCAGGUACGUCGAGCUUCUCGAGUUUCACUGAAACUUUUCCAGCUCCGGGGAGGCGUGCGCAGAGGCUCCAAUUAGGGGCAGGUGGGAGCGUAGCUUUCUCUCCUAGCGGCGAGUGGGACUCUUGAGUUUCGAAUCGGUGGCGGCGAAUACCCCGCCCGCCGGGUGUCGGGGCUGCUGGAAGGAUGCGAAGCCUGAGCGCGGCGUGGCUGCUGGGGGGCGUCAUCCUGCUGGGGACCUCUGCCUCCUGCAAUCGCACCGUCCCAGGAACCAGUAGACCCUCUAAAGGAAGAAGUCUCAUUGGUUACGUUGAUAACUCACCUCAGAUCACUGGGAGAGGAGAAACAGUGGAACCAGUCUUUUCUGUGGAUGAGUUUUCUGCCUCUGUCCUCACUGGAAAACUGACUACUGUCUUUCUUCCAAUUGUCUACGUGAUCGUAUUUGCAGUUGGUUUGCCGAGUAAUGGCAUGGCCCUGUGGGUCUUUCUUUUCCGGACAAAGAAGAAGCACCCUGCUGUGAUUUACAUGGCCAACCUGGCCUUGGCGGACCUCCUCUCUGUUAUCUGGUUCCCUUUGAAGAUUGCCUAUCACAUCCAUGGCAACAACUGGAUUUACGGGGAAUCUCUUUGCAAGGUACUCGUUGGCUUUUUCUACGGCAACAUGUACUGCUCCAUCCUCUUCAUGACCUGUCUCAGUGUGCAGAGGUACUGGGUCAUCGUGAACCCCAUGGUGUACCCCAUGAAGAAGGCGAGCAUUGCCAUCAGUGUCUCCCUGGGAAUAUGGCUGCUGAUUCUGCUGGUUACUAUCCCCUUAUACGUUGUGAAGCAGACCGUCUACAUCCCAGCACUUAACAUCACGACCUGUCAUGAUGUUUUGCCAAAGGAGGUGUUGGUGGGGGACAUGUUCAAUUAUUUCCUCUCUCUGGCCAUUGGAGUCUUUCUGUUCCCAGCCUUCCUUACGGCCUUUGCCUAUGUGCUGAUGAUCCGGACCCUCCAAUCUUCUGCCUUGGAUAAAAACUCAGGAAAGAAGAGGCAGAGAGCCAUCAAGCUCAUCGUCACUGUCCUGGCCGUGUACCUGAUCUGCUUCACUCCUAGUAACCUUCUGCUCGUGGUGCAUUACUUCCUGAUUAAAAACCGGGGCCAGAGCCACGUCUAUGCCCUGUACGUCGUAGCCCUCUGCCUCUCCACCCUCAACAGCUGCAUUGACCCCUUUGUCUAUUACUUCAUUUCAGAAGACUUCAGGGAUCAUGCAAAGAAUGCUCUGCUUUGUCGGAACGUCCGUACUGUAAAGCAGAUGCAAGUAUCCCUCACAUCAAUUAAAUUCUCUAGGAAAUCCAGCUCUUACUCUUCAAGUUCAACCAGUGUUAAAACCUCCUAUUGAGUUUUCCAGCUCCUCGGAUGGAAGUUAUGUAGGGGGAUUUGGAACCUGAUGAACAUUAUGGGGAUGCUUCUGCUGUUUCCCUACCAAGCGGGUUUCACCACAUACCAUGUAUAUGCAACACCUCUCAGGAUUGCUGGGAGCGGCCCUGUUUGCAUAGGGAAAGUCCCCCAAAUUAACAUAGAUGUCAGUUUCAGAAUUCCUCUACUCAGGUGCUCCUGGAAACGGAACUGACAGAAGCAGACUUUUCAGAAGGUGGAGAAAAGACAGAAACCCAGUGAUUUGCAAAGACUAGUCUUGGCGUGAAGACUAAGUUCUUAGCUAAAACUACAUUUUACAUCUGGGGUCAGUCACAACCAUGUUAGGGCUUCAGGGCCCUCAGAGAUGAUUGGUGCAAUUGACUGGCUUUAAGGAUAAGGAAACUAAAGAGGUGAGGGAGCUGCCCAGAAUCAGGUUUCCAACCAAUGGCAAUAAGUUAGGACUGGACAGUUUUGAAUGGUCAGUGGAGUUCUUGUACCACCUCAUCAAAAUCCUUGUGGAUCUUGUUGAAAAAUGCAGAUUCAUUAUACUCAGGAAUCAGAGCUCAGAGUCUGGGGACAGGGCCCAGGAACCUUCAUUUUAACAAGAUUUUCAUGCACUCCAAACUUUGGGAACUAUUGGUCUGGGUACUGCUUCCACUUGACAAGGGGCCAUGGCAGUUUUUGAAAAGAGAAGCAAACAGAAUGUUGUGUGUCUCUUUUAUGUUCAGCUUAUAAUGAAGUCUGUUUGUUGACUUAUUGGGACUUUCAGUUAUUUAUCAAUCCUUUGAGCUUUUGUGUGUAUCAUUAUCACUUCAAGGAAAAUACAGCAAGGAUUUUAAAUGU